GUGACUUGGCUCCAAUUUCCACCUUGUCUCCAUGAAUUCAAUAGUUUAAUAGCUGUUCGGUCACCAUACGGCCGUAAUCAGUGAAUUUAAAAAAAAUGCCACCACCUCUUUCUCAUUGAGCCGCUACAUUUAUAAAAAUACGCGCAGCAAACUUUCCUCGGCUCUCAGCGAGCGGAGAUGAAUUACGAAUUCGAGCGAGAGAGCGGUUUUAUCAAUAGUCAGCCUUCGCUUGCUGAGUGCCUGACAUCUUUCCCCCCUGUCGGUGAUUCAUUUCAAAGUUCAUCAAUCAAGAGCUCGACGCUUUCACACUCGACACUGAUUCCUCCUCCUUUUGAGCAGACCAUUCCCAGCCUCAACCCAGGCAUCCACCCGAGGCAUAGCCGGCCCAGACACAGCCCCGAUGGAUGCAUCCCGCUGCCCACUGCCUCCCUACCCCCGGAAUACCCCUGGAUGCGAGAGAAGAAAGCCUCCAAGAAGAAUCACCUGCCGACUUCCACCGCGACUGCCAUAACGAGUGGACCUGUAUGCUUCUCCCCGAAAGGUUCGCCGGAGAUUCUAGACAGUGGAGGAGAGGGUUCGCGGCGGUUGAGGACUGCGUACACCAACACACAGCUCCUGGAGCUGGAGAAGGAGUUCCACUUCAACAAGUAUCUGUGCCGACCGAGGAGGGUGGAGAUAGCCGCCCUGCUGGACCUCACCGAGCGGCAGGUCAAAGUAUGGUUCCAGAACCGGCGCAUGAAGCACAAGAGGCAGACCCAGUGCAAGGAGAACCACAAUGGCGAAGGGAAAGAGCCGAGUGCUGAGGACAGGACCCAGAGCGACGAGGAGGAGGAUGAGGGCUCGUUGUUUGAGCAGAGCCUCAAUAUAGUGACCGGGGCCCUUAUGGAGAGAGGGGCCUGCUCCUUUCAGCAGAACUCACUCAGUACUUCCCAGCAGCUCCAGAAUGUUGGCCCGCACAAUGGCGUGGCCCAGAGUUACACAGUUUUACCACUGAGCAGCAAUGACAAAAAUCUGAAGCAUUUCCCCAACCCGUCACCCACUGUUCCAGGCUGCGUGUCAACAAUAGGGCCCGGCUCUGCACCUGGCCAGGACAAUGGCGGUAGUCCCGCGGCCCUGGACGUCUCAGUACAAGACUUCCAAGUAUUCUCCUCGGAUUCUUGCCUUCACCUCUCCGAUGCCGCUUCGCCUAGUUUGCCAGAAUCCCUGGACAGCCCCGUGGACAAUCUGGACAUAUCUACCGACAGCUUCUACUUUUUCUCGGAGUCAUUAACUACAAUUGACUUACAGCAUCUGAGCUAUUGAAAUCAAUGAAAAAUAGAGCAAGACUUUCAACCUGGAACAUUUAAAGAAAGAAAAAAACUCCGGUAUUAACUAUGAAGUUAAUUUUGGUGGUUGUUUAAUAUGAUCGGCACAUUUCCUUUUUAUUGAUUAAUUGAUUAGACCUAGUCGAUUAAUUCAAGGUAAGAGUCUGGAAAAAAUAUACCAUUGUGGCCUGCAAUUACAAUAACACAAUGAUUUCUUAAGAUGCAAUAUUAUGGGUUUGUGAAAAGUUGCACAACAGUAUGAAU